GUAUUUUAAAAAAAAAUUACAGGGACACAAAAGUGUUGUAAACUGUCAUAAAAUAAGUGCAUUCAACAUUGAUAAUAUUGCGUUAUUCAAGGAGAAGCAUACAAGUGCAUAUCGUGGAAUUUAAGUGCGUUUUAUAAAAAUAAUGGGGAAGUAUGAUAUAGUGUUCGUGUUGUUAUUGCUAAACAUUAAUCAUACACUAUGUUAUAACGUAGAUAUCAACAAUACAGUCAUAUUUCAAGGAGGUGGAAAUGACACACAAUUUGGUUAUACUUCAGCAUUCGUCAUUGAUAGCAACUCCAUUACAUUGAUAAUAGGUUCACCAAAUGAUAGCUCCAGUUCAGCUAAUACUGGUGCGAUAUAUUUCUGUGAUGUCAAUGAUCAAAAUUCAUGUAGAAAAUCUUAUUCCUCUCCUUACAAUUUAAUACAAGAUCCUGUAACCAAAACCUAUUCUACGACAAAUGAAGGCUUUGGCACCUCAAUUAUUCCAUUUUCAUCAUCAACAAUAAUGGUCUGUGCGCCUGGUUGGAAGGAUCUACAGAUUACUGACAGGGUUUUUGUUAUUGGUAGAUGUAUACUUGUCAAUAUGACGUCAGAUACACCUGGAAUCAAAACCUCACCUUCAGUUGCAAGUGGAGACUUAAUCCAGGAUCGGUAUUUUAAAUAUGCUAUGCUCCAAGUAGGAUUUUCUGCUGCUAAAAUAACGGACAUCAGCUUUGUGAUGGGAACGCCUGGUAUGAACGAAUGGACUGGAGGAUUUCUUGUGAACAAAUUAAACCGUAUAAACAAUUUUCUGGAAAUUCCUAAUACAGGUUUUCCUACCCUUUCCUCUCAACCCCGAGAGCAAAAUCAUAUGUUGUUAGGAUAUGCAGUGGCUAGUGGUAAAUUUUGUGAUGGUGAAAGAGUAUGUUUUGUUGCUGGCGCCCCUCGUUACGAUAAUAGUGGAAAGGUAUAUGUAUAUGAACAAUUGGGAUCUACAUUUGACAAGCAAAUAGUAGCAUUAGAUGGUCUGACUGCUCCUGAUGAUAUGUUUGGCUCGUAUUUUGGUUCAGUGGUGGCUGCAGCCGAUUUGAAUGGAGACGGAUGGGAUGACAUAUUAGUGGGUGCGCCUACUUACACUGAUGCAUCCAAAUAUAGAAAAGAGGAUAUUUUCUCCAACGAAGGGCGUGUUCUGGUUUUCUACAGUUUAGGAAAUGCUCAAAUAUUAAAGAUAAACUUUAAUCGUAAUUCUGCCAUAUUGUCUGGGACGAACACACCAUUUUCAAGAUUUGGAUCCUCUAUAAGUAAUCUAGGCGAUAUAAAUGCGGACAGUUUUGACGACAUAGCAGUUGGUGCUCCGAAUGAAGAUGAUGAUAGAGGGGUCGUGUAUAUUUAUCACGGAGGUAAUGGCGGUAUCAACAAAGAUUUCACUCAGAGAAUCACAGCUCAAACUAUCAGAGAUGACCUUCGUGGAUUCGGGUCACAUAUUUCAAGGCCAAUGGACGUUAACGACGAUAGUUAUCCAGAUUUAUCAGUUGGCAGCGUGUAUUCAGGAAAUGUGGUGGUUUUAAAAACUCGACCUAUCGUUGACAUUCGGGUUAGUCUGGAAUUUGAAGAGGAACGGAUCAACUUAAUACCAAGGAAUUGUCCAUCGGUGACUGGUAUAGAAAGUUGCAUCAGGUUUAAAGUGUGCUUCACUCAUGGUGGUCGGAAUGUUCCUAUGACUAUUGAUGUGUCAUACAAUGUGUCUGUGGAUGUCAAGGCAAUAAGAGAAAGAGCUCGUUUAGAGAAACCUAUUAGAGAACCAGUGAAUUUAAUCAAAGCAGCUACAUCCUGUACACAACAUACUAUUGUUACUUACGAGACACCACGAAUAGCUGACCCGUUCUCCGCUGUACAAGUCAAGCUAGAGUAUAAAAUGAUAGAGCCUACAACCAAACCAGGCGACAUACAACCAAUUGCUAACCAAAGUCGCACAAACUCCAUCGUCAAAGAUAUUUACUUUCAACUGCAAUGUGGUACCGAUAAUUUAUGUGAAGUUGACUUGAAACUAAGUAGCGACAUUUCCCGAGCUCCUAUUGCAGAAUAUAUCAUUGUCAACAAAACAGACCAUGUUCUAUUGAACACUUCUGUCAGAAAUCUAGAAGAAGAGUCGUUUGGAAGUAAGGUUCUGAUAACGUGGAAUGACGAAUUCGUGUACAGGAGAGUUAUUUCCCCUGAUGAUCAACCGGUGACAUGCGACAUUCAAACCGAGAGGCUGAAUUCCACGGAACCAAAUCUUAUUUGCCGGAUAAUCGAACCGCUUAAACAAGGACAGGAGGCAAAGUUUUCCGUGGUUUUAGAAACAGAUAUGUUAAGUUUGACGAAGCCCAACAUGCAUUUUAAUCUGAGCACUGACUCUAGCAGUGAGGAUAUCAACUCUAAAAAUAACCAGGAACAGAUAUCAUCUAAAAUAUGGAUCAUUGCUCAUCCAGAAAUAACAGGAAGUGCGUCCCCAGCGGAAGUGACGGUGGUAAUGGAAGAAGAUCUCGCUUGUCAGAAUUUAUCUAUAACUCAUCGGUAUCAAGUUAUUAACAAAGGCCCGAGUUUUCUACCACCGACGAAUAUUACCAUAGAUCUACCAUAUUAUUAUGAAUCAGGAGAAGAACUCGUUAAAUCGGUAUCAGCAAAGGUGAACUAUGGAAAUGAAAACGAUAUGUUCUUAUCAUGUUUUGUUGUUUCUGGAUUUUCUCCUGGUGGACAAGGCAUGGGUACAACAAUUACAUCAAUAACUGAUGAAACAACAACAACAACAACAACAACAAAACAAUACACCACUAAACCGAUUACAACAAAUACUAAUGAUAAAUCAACCACUACUCCAAGAUCUACCCUCAUUCCCUCUAGACCACCAAGAAAACGUCGUCGAAAGCGAGAAGCCACCAUGGAGGAAGUUGAUGGUUCCAACAGUGUCAGAAUACAUUCAAUGACAUGCAGUGAUUAUAGAUGUAGACAAUUAGUGUGUAUGUUAAACAAGGCUAUUCAACCCAGCGAGAGCGUAGUAGUAAAUAUAACAGUGGACCUGGUAGCUUCUGAUCUCCCUUUAGAGGACAGUGAUGUAUUGAGAUAUGUCAGCGUUGUAAAUAUUCAACAACCAAAACAUAACUUAUUUUAUACGUGGAACCAACAACAGAUAGCAAUGCUAAGUACACGGAUUUUUAAAGAAUAUACACUUGGAGAUAGUGUUAAUAUUUGGAUACCUAUUGGUUGCUGUAUCGCAGCUUUAAUACUGCUAGUUCUUAUCGUCAUUAUACUCAAAAAGUGUGGAUUCUUCAAAAGGAAAAAGAAGGCAGCUCUUCAGAAAUGGAAACGUGAAAGUGGCUAUUAUCAUAGGCAAUCUUCUGAGAAGAGUCGGUCAUCAUCAACCAAAAGCAAGAAAUAGCAUGUAACAUUUGUAUUUUUGUAAUUUAUUGUAUAUAUAACAACUUUUGUAUAUCUGACCUUUUGAUAAAAUUAUUUUGUAUAGAAGUAAUGUAUUUUGUAUAUCUUUUGAAAACUAUUGAUAAUAUUGAAAUCUAUAUAAUAAAUCAACUAUAAACAAUUUUGUACACGAAACUUUUGUAUAUCUGCAAAUUUGAAAUUUUUUUAUGGUAGUAAUGUGAUAUAUCAUUUGGAAACUAUUCAUAAAAUUAAAAGCUAUAUA